AUGGAGUCUCCCAAGCCGCUACCGAGCCCUCCAAAAAGCUCCCGGGAUGAGGGCUCCUCUGGGAAAAAGAGCAAACGGGAAUCAAGGCCUGCGGAAGAUGAAGAAUUUGAGUUUCACCACGUAUUUUCUAGAAGUAAUGUGAAAGGAUUAAUCCAUGCGAUCACACAAGAGCUCAAGAGAAAUGCUUUAGAUACGGAGUAUCUUUUCUUGCCAUUUCGCCCCGAGCAGUCUAACGAGAAGCUUUUGAAGUUCUUGAACCGCGUUUUUCCUCUGGGAAAUGGUAUUCCUGCGGCAGAUGCGAAACUGGACCGACUAAUACGUUCUACUGAACCUUGGACUUUGUUUCAGGCGCUAAAAUAUAUUUGGUGCCGUCUUCCAGAAGGCCAAGUUGUGACGUGGAAGGCCUACCGUGCAUUCAAAGUUCGUGAGGACGGCGACGGAUUUCGUCCAAAAUCGUUUUUGGAACUCAUGCCCAAGUGUUUGUCUUCACCUGACCAUGCCUCCAUCGUGUACGAUUUCUUUGACCUCGUUGUUACGAUGGCAUCAAAUUCGAAGCGAAAUAAGAUGAGCGCACGUAAAAUUUCCAAAAUGUUCGGAAUUUGGGCGUUUGGCAAGGAAAUUGAGGAUAAGCAAGGCGUCAACUAUGAUUUUGACAAUGCUACAGAAAAUGGGAAUAACGUAAAUAAUUCAUUUCGUGAAGGCCUCGAUCAGUGGAUCCCGGCUUCAGAUGCUAUGUUCCACCUGCUCUUAGCGUUUAUACGAAGCUUUGUGCCCAACGAUUUGAAAGAUGCUAAUAUCCCUACAACUCUAAAGUCCAUUUUGUUUAACAACAACUACCCGCCAAAGGAUACAACCGCUUAUGCGUCGGAAACCAUCCUUACCAUCCCUAUCGUAAGCUUGAAAACCACCAAGUUCUCUAAAAAGCCUUGGCAACUCAUUGAGAGGUGUAAUCAACUGUUUGACUUUUCCAACCAUGAUGCAUUUGAAGCCCGUGAAGAUUACGCUCUUCUGAAAUCGCUCUUUAAAAGAAAAAACAACAUUGAUGGUAUAAGCCACAAAAUGUCAAGAGAAUCUCGGCGGCUUAUGAAGGAGAUCUCAACCAAGCAUUCCACGUUUCAAGCAGGUUGGGCAUCACAAAAAUGUAUCCCAUCAGAUGACAAAACAAAUGUGCCCUCGGAGCACCUGGAGAUGAAACGAGUCGACAUUGAUGACUACUUCAUUUGGGCGUGGCUCUCGUCCAUUUCUCAUGAACAAACGUCUCAGAAAAAGAUGCUUUUCGGAAGAUCUCUUAUUUUAGAAUUUGAAUUUGACGGUUUCAAAAAGUGGGUUGCUCUUGAGGAAUGUGAUAUGAACUUGGAAAUGAAAAGGCACAAGAAGCUCGAUGCUUUAGACUUGGUUAACUAUCAUACGUCGUCGGACUCGGCGUCCUCAAAACCACGCAACAUUACACCGGCUUAUGAAAAGUUUCAGAAAAAUGUAUCAGAAGCUAGACCGUCACCAGCACCAGCACCAGCACCAGCACCAGCACCAGUCAAGACUUCGGCACCCUUACUCAAAACGCCCAAUAUCAUAAGUGGCACCUUGAACUUACCCAGUCAUCAUUCAUCAGCAAAGUCCGCCAAAACGUCCGGCUCAUUGUUGCCAGAAAAAUCGUCUAAAUGGAAUCCGCUCAAGUCUAUUCGGAAAAUAAGCAGCUCGAGUAGCUCUAGUACUUCAAGCAAUGCCCCUGCAUUUGCUGAACAUCGUGCAGUUGCUGCCUUGCCUCAAAGCGACGAACCUCGUCCAAGCCAAAUGUCUAAAGUAGCCCCCACAAAAAAUCCCAGACGUCAUGAGUCUCGGGUACUCAGCCAAUUUAGCAUGUUAAAUCCCGAGAAAUAUCAACUUCCAACUGUAGAGUGUGAAGAUUUCAAGAUUGACAUAGCUGAAAUGGGAGAUUAUGCUGCGGCAUUAGAGCAUGAAAACGUUUCUUCUUUGGACACGCCCGCCCCGCUUGCUGAAGAACAAUCACACCAAGGAAAGUACGGUAUUGAGGACUUGAAUAAUAUGGUUGACCAGCUAAGUGAUGAAGUCUUGAAAUCUAGGAAUGAUUUGGGGCAAUCAACUACAAGUUUGGCGACAAAAUCCGAGACUUUCGAAAGUUUGACCAUGUUCGAGCAAUACAAGCAUGUUCCGCAGGAUUCGAGUGACACGCUGGCUGAAAGUGCCACUUCAAGCGUAGUUCCUCCACUAAAGCUAGGGGCCGCCUCUACAGAUCACGUAUCGGCCAUAUCUCAAGCUGCACCACAGUUCGAGAAAGGCAGAGUUAUACCCGUGCAAAGCCCCGAAGAAAACAAUCGAAGUCCACCAGAUGACACAUCACCUAUUGUUUAUCCAGUUGAUCACAAUCAGAAUUAUGAAGCGGAGUUUAACGCGGACGAUCGCAGGGUCUCUCCCAUCAGAAGAGAACCGCUCCAAUUCCGCGAGCCGACACCCGAUGACAGAGGUCCAAAUCUUCCUGCGAAAAAAACUCCUUCACCUCCUCUUACAAGCUAUACUGAGUACGAAAGGCAGGAACCCACACGUGGAAGAGAGAAAUUGGGUAGUAAGUAUCCUACACAUGCUUCACCCUCUAGCGGCCCCAGCACGUAUUCAAAAAGUCAAGCAGUGUUUGCACAAGAGCAAACUUCGCAUCAUUCACUAGACCAGCAUCAACCUCAAAUUUCUUCUCCCCCUCAUACCGCAUCAGCACGGCAGCAGCACCAUGUGAAUAGGUUCACCAACAAUCAAGCUGUUCAACAAAAUCAAAAUGCUCGCGAACAACAGAUGAGAGCGCACAGCCCAAAUCCAUCAUACUACCAGCAAAACCGGGGGCAGUACCUCGCGAAUGAAAUCGAACAGAAGGUCAUGCAAAAUAAUACGAAAGUUCCUUGGGUAACCAGUCCUGUCGCUCAGCCGAGGCCGGCAGCUGUAGCACAAACUUCUCGUCCACCCAAUGUGCGCCCUGCCUAUGGACAGCAAGAUGUUCAUUACAACAGUUUGAAACCACAACAAUAUGGGCAGGCUAACGUCGCAAGUCCUCCCAUUGUACAGCAUGCCGCAUACCCGCCCAACUUUGGGAAUCGUCCUCAAAACAUUCAUCCUAACGAUUAUCAUUACCAAACGCAUCAAAUGGCCAAUGAUGCAUCAAUGCGAUUCCCACCUCAACACCAACGCCAGCAUCCUAUGGGUCGUGUGAUGGUGCCGGGGCCUACUUCACCUUUGUCGCCAUCGGAAUUGAGGCCGUACAACCAACCCCAGGUAUUAUAUGCUCCAUCAACAGCUCAAUACCAACCACCUAAGGCACAUCCAGGCGCACUAAGCCCCACGGCGCAAAAUCAGGCUCAGUUUUACCCACCUCCGCAAGGCUACCACCCUUCGGGCCCAGUGCCUGGAGUGCCGAUGGGAGGCAAACUACAUGGUGGGUUUCCCAAUAAAAGGGAAAACCGUAAAAAGUUGCACGAUACCAUCAAAAAUGGUACAUUUGGGUUAUGA